AUGGUAAGAUCCUCCAACACGCACACACAAGGUUACAAAGAGUGGGCUUUAAGGAAUCAUUGGUCUGAAGAUUUGAGAUGCGAUUGUGAUGCACCUGCGACAUUCUCGAUCUCCAAAACUGUCGAUAAUCCAUGGAGGAAAUUCAGGGGGUGUCCAAACUAUCAGGUAAUAUUAAGACUCCAAAAAAAUGUGGCUUUUUUAUGGCUUGAUCCACCCCUGCCAAACACUUACUACAAGGAAACUAUAUGGAAGUUUCAUAUGGACUUGGAGGAGGCUAACAACAAUAAAGCAUUUACAAUGGAGGUUUUGAAGCUUUCGGAGGAGGCCAAGAACAACAAAGAAUUUCAAGUGGAUAUUUUAAACUUGUUGAAGGUGGAGCUACUUAUGAUGGUCAUGCUUUUGGUGGUGGUGACAGUGAUGGGGUUUAUGGUUCACAAUGUUAUGGUUAAAGCACUGUGA